AUGACCAAUCCGUGGCCGCCCGUCGAUAGCAACGAGGUGACUACCGCUUCGAUGGUUGACUCAGGCCCAGCAUCAGCAGCAAGCGAGAGCUGCGCAUCAGCAAAAAACACAGUCGAAAGAUCGAGCGCUACCCCACCCGAAGGCCAGGAACACUCAAGCACCUCUCCCAAAGAUUCCGACCCCUCGUCUCGCUAUCGCCUGGCUGCCGUUGCUGCUUCGGCCCUCGCAGCCGCAGUGGCCCGAAAGCAGCGGCGGGAGGCAUCGGACAGCCAGGCAGCUGCGGCGGGGCAGGCGCAAGUUGAUCAGCAAAACCAGGAGAAGUGCCCAUUUCUUACAGAGAGUGUGCUGGGUCGUCGACACCAUGAAAGAAGGGAGGAACCGAAACGACGAGGCAACGAGAACAAAUCGGAUCCUUUGUUUCAGUUUUUGCUUCUUGAUAGUCUCCAGAAGGCAUCGUUCCGAGCGCCACAGCAGCCUGAUCAGGCCCAGGAAACGCUUGUAGAGGGCAGCAAGAGCCCAGAGACAGCACGGGCCACUGAGACAUUUUUGUGCCAACCUGACAAAGACAAUGGACGAGUGUUCUCGUCAAACGGCGUGGAGAGUCAGGCAACCCCGGAGAUAACAAUCUCGCCAGGCGGCAAGGAAGACACGACGAAAGGACCUCGGCGACCGCCUGGGUUCACAGAGGCUUGGGAGAUGGGCCUCGAAUGCCACGAAUGCUGUCCAUUUCUGAAGAGCACGACGGUCAAGACGAUUUUGCCUCAGAAAACCUCGACACCUCACGGCCAGGAGCGCGUCUGGGCGACCUCUCUAUCUUCCCAGGGCGAUAUGCAGGUGCGGCACACCAAAGGGCACCAGUCGGCCUCUGUCUGCGAGCCAUGCGAGUUUCCCAAUAAGCGUCGACAUCUUCAGCCUUCCGCACCGUUCCCUGGGCGGAGCGAAGCUGAACGUCAAGGCUUCCGGGGUCUCGUUGAUGGCCGCGACGCUUCGGCGGGUGCCGAGCCAGACCCCACGUUGCGACAGUCGAGCGGGGCACUUGAGACGAUUCUCGACCGGCAGCGAACACUCAACCACCUGCCUGCCGCAGGCUCCGGUGCGCGCGAACUCGCGCGGUCUGCCCUUCGCCACGCGCCUUCGAAGAAAAUGAAUCUAACGAAAGCAAUAGCGUCAUCGUUAGCAGACGCAGGACGCCUUGGCGUCAGCACGCUUCUUAUGCGUGAAAGCCAGUUGCAGACAGCGGCAGGAGUUCUUGGUGACGAGGCACUGCAGCGCUACAUGCGCGCCGCCUCGGCCCUCCUUCACCCAAACGUGAACACGUCCGAUGACGCUACACUGCAUUCUUCAGGCAUUCUUGCUGACAACCAGCCCUCCGAUGAGGACCCGGCGUCGCCAGGCACAUCGACGAUUCCCCUCUUUGUGCCAUCGUCAUCGCCAGUCAGCAGCGGGCAGAGCCUAAGUAGCGGCAGCGGCAAACCCACGCACGCUGUGGAGCACACUCCCGGGAGACUUGGAGAGGGAAUAGCUCGGAGAUCGGGGAACAAGGAGUCCUGCGGGGAUGAUUCGAAAACGGAAGACGCCAAGCGUUUUAGUCCGGUUGAAAUGAACAACUCGUCUGCUACGGCGGCCGCGACUGCAGCAGCGGUAGCGGCUUUGCUUGCUUGGAAGAAACCUCAUGGGGUUUUCGGCCGCGUAUCCGCUGACUGCGAUGGAAGUGACGAAAAGAACUCGCUGCUUGCGAAUGAAGGUCCAACCAAGGAGUCUCCCUCUCUUGAAAGGCAUGGAAAGGACGAAGGCGAGGAAUUGAUCUGCACGAAACCUCGAGAGCACGCCCUCGUACGCCAUUCCAAACAAGAACAGGCUUUUGCACACAUGUUGCCGAGGGGCGUGCUCCUUGAUGCUGCUCGGGUACUGCUGGCCACAUCAGGACGGCAGAGGAACGAUGGAGGGAAUCCAUUGCCGCUCAACCCGGCCAUGGUGCAGCUCUUACUCCCCACGAGUCACGAUUCAGAGGGGUCGAAGCACGAGCACGAAGACAGAGCAACGCGGAGUCCUCCUUGUGAGGCACCGAGACAGAGCCAACCGCCUUCUGGCGGGUCUUUCCAAGCGUCGAGGGCGAGCCUGGCCGCGCGGGCCUGCACGGCAUACGACGUGAGAGCCCCCAAGAGUACCCACUCCCUCGCUUGCGAUAGCCCGACAAAAGCGCCUUCAAAUCCGGGAGGAGCGUACCAGACAGAGCGGGGACGGGAUGCAUACCGUGGCGAACCUCCGCACUCUCGUACGGGCCAACCAACUGCUUCGGACGCUCACCUGGCAUCUCACCGCCUUUUGGAAUCGGUAAAUGCCUCCGACGACGAACUGGUUGAGGCUACUGCAGCGGCCUUGAGAGCGAUCGGGCGACUCCUGACGCUCCGUGCAUCUCGGCUUCCGACUCGCCAGACACCCGCUGGGCGGCCUGUUCACGCUUCGUCCAAACCCUGCAGUUUCGAGGAGGCUCAUUCAGGUGUACAGGCGGCCGCUGCCUGUAGCGGGGUCCAGAAGGAGACAGAACAGGUUUCUGGAGAAGAGGCUGAACUGAAUGGCGAAGGGGGCGCUUUUCCUUCUGCGUCGAGUUUGGAGGCGCGAGCGCUACGGCCUGUUGCGCCGCAAGCGGAGAGGGACAGCGAGUCAGCAGAUUCGGGUCGUCUGAGUUCUUGCCCUCCUCCACCGCCGCUCUCGUCUUUAGAUCCCGAAGAAGCCUUUGCGGAGAUACGCGCAUGCCAAGCUCCGCCUCCGUCGCCUGCGCACGCUACGCCCACUUUCCCGAAAGGCCCUCUGGAGAAAGCCGCGCUGCCAAGUUCGAUUCUUGAUCAGCAGCAAAGCAGGAAAGAUGUUCAAGAGAUCUCACGUGGGGCGUCUUGCGCAGAAGACCUAGCGAAGGCAAACGCGUUUCGGAAACAGGUUCCCAAGCAGGGUUCCAGUUUGGGCGGACCGUCAUCUUUUGCAAACGACCAAGGAGUGCUCCAACUCCUGCUGCAGGCUCACGAGUCUCUGCAGCGGUCUCUCGCCUCCAACGCGUCAUCAGACCAGGCGACCGCUCACACCCGCGAAGCCAGUGCUUCUGCAAACAGAAGAGAGGACCGCCACUGGGCUGACAGACGCCAGGUGACGCCGCGCGCGCUGUUGAAGACCGCGCGGAGAGAGGCCAUGAAGCUACUCGGCUUUCAAGUCGCUUCAGGAAAGCAGCGAGAGACGGGAAAGGGAGACCAGCCGAGUCACGGGACGAGCAGCUCACGUGAGAUCAAGGCGAUCUUCGAGCAACCGCCUGCGCUUCCGUCGCGAUGCGACGAGACCGCAGAAGCCUCCCAACCAGACCUUACACAGAGUUCCAAGAGAUCUAAGCCCUUGAACCCAUACGCCACGCCGUUCGUGCCCCGAUUCGCUCUGGCGAGUCCAGGCGGCGUGGCGGCGUCCGCGACUCCUCUUGGCUCUGGCGCGAUCGCCCCUUCAGUGUCACGGCAGAGUGUCGAGGCCACACCUGUUUCUUCUCUCUCGUCAGUUCCGGCGGCAAGGGCGGCUGUGGCUUCCUUGGGUGGGAGCGGUGACGCCCAGGAGCGCCUCGAGGCGUGGGGGGUGUCCCCGCGUCGUGCUGUGUCUGAAAAGAACUCUGAUAUCCUUGCGCUGCUUGGUGCGGUGAGGAGUGAAAGGCGCAGCAGCGAGCCUCAGAAGGUGGUUCUUGACAGCCCCCUUCACAACCUCCUUCAAAAAAACGUCGCGACACGACGCGCCGAUCGUCCUCGUCGACUGCGCCAGUUGCCGGAGAUUCUACAUGCAGAUUCGCAGGCGUUCCUCGCUGCUCUCCGCAGAGAGCUAGCACCAACUCGAGAGGCCCAAGAGGGUCACGGCGAACCCUCGCCUGCACCACUCAAGACACGCCUCCCAGGACCGCUUGCCUCCAAAGAGGAUCUGCGGACAAGACACAGCGCUGAAGGGCUCGAGGACGUAGGAGAGAGAGCGAUGCGAGAGGCAGACUCCCGACAGGGCUCCGCGCUGUCGCGAGGGAACAAGCAGACUCUUCGUCCAGACGGGAGACUGCACCUGGACACUUUGUUGCCUCCGCAUGCUUUUCAAAAAACAGCUGUAGCUCAGACUCACCAAAGCGGGCUGUCGUCGCUUCUGCCUCACCACGUGUCGCCUGCGCUGCCGCACAUCAUCAACAUCGCCCCUGGAGUUCAAGCUGAAAAAGCCUUUUUUCUACAGAGCGCCGCCAAGAAGCAGCCCGUCGCAGGGUGGCCGCAGCUUCACCUCUCCAGGCUCCUGGUUCCAGAGACCGACCUGCGUACUUCCGGGAGCGCGCGAGAGGUAACGAGAAAUGCAAACGUACGCAGCGGCGUACAAAGGACCGAGUGGCAUCUCGGGGACAAUGCGGGGGGAGGGGCCUUUGGAAACACGGACCGAUCGCAAACGAACACAGGAUUGUUUUCUUCAGCGCUGUCGCAGGACCACUUGACGCUGCUGAACCUUCAGCACAGAAUGCAUGCUUUGCAGCAGCAAGCCAAUCAGGUUCGCAUUUCCUCUACGAGUUCUAACGUCGAACGCCAUCCGUAUUCCUCACCCCUCCCUCCUCAGGCGGACUGUCCGUCAUCCGUGGGGAAGCAACCGCUGACCUCUGUACAGUCGAAAAGUCAGGCGUUUGCGGCGGAUCGGCUGCGCCCUGGUGCGGCUACCGAGGCCACACGCCUGCACUACACGAGCGGCCUCGACUCUCUUCUUCCUGGCGACUCCCGCAUGCAGACUGCUCUGAAGAGUACCCCCGCUGCGGUAGCCGGUCACACCCUGUUCUUGACGCGGGCUCUAGGCGAGCAUGCAGCGCAGCGAGAUGCUGAAGCGAGUCAUUCAACACGGUCUAUUCUCCCGCCCGUGCGCCUGCCAGACUCAAACGCGCAACGAAUGGGGGUCUCCUACUUGCUUGGCAGCACCGGCGUCGCCCCCGUCGCAGCAGCAGAGACAACAGCCGCGAACCUGUGCCGCGAGCAAACUGCAGAGACCGUUCCGGCAGCCAGCGACGGAAGAGACUCCAGCAGGCGCUGUCGGCCGCCUGUGAAUCAAGCGGACGGAAAGCCAAACGGCGUCACGCAGGGGGAAGCGCUCGGGUCCCAUGUUGCCGUCAGGAAGGGACGAAACGUGUUUCCAAGCUCAGAAAAUCAGCUGUCUCUCACGCAGCCAACGCAGCUGCUCCAGGCUACACUCCUGGCCCUCUCCCGCGGCGGCUCCUCGCUGUCCCCUGCGCUCCUGGGAGCGCUUGGCGCCGCCGCAGCGUCGCCUGAGGUAUUGCUCGGCCACCUGCGAAGCCUGACUGGUGGAGUGAUCAGAAGACCUUCCGGAUCCGAGAGGGCGUUGGGGGAGGCAGAGCCCCGUCGAGGGGUUUCGUCCUCCGACGUUUUCCGAGACGCUUCGAAACAAGAACCCUCCUCGGAUUCGGCACAGACUAACACGGGAGAGCAGUCUUCAGAAAGAGGUGCGGUUGACCGCCUCCCUUCGCCCCAAAUGCACCACGGUCGGCCGGGCGUCUACUCGAAGGUUCAGCUUCUUAAGUCCAGUCAGGCGCUUCUCCGGCAGCAGGAGAGAAAAACGAGGGCCAGGACGAAGGCCGGCUACUGCGACAGCAGCGCCGACGGAUCCGGAGACGAAGAAACAAACCUGGUGAGACAGUCCCUUCCAUUUGUCGAACGCGUCGCGCCUGCCGUUGAAGCUGCCCCGGCGCAUGGUGUUCGGGACGCCACACGGGCCCCGCUGUCGCCAGGCAUCCACACAGGGCCUCGGAUGCUGCCGCCUGGACGAAGCAAAGUCACAGGUCUACAAGGGAGCAAAGUUACUUCUCGGGCGCCUCCGCUCCUUCCAAAUAUCUUCCCGCCCAGCGCCGCGGGCGACGAAGGCCGAAUGAGAGGCGCAGCUGAGGCAGGAGCGCUGCCAGAGGCGGAGCAGCAGAGGGUGAGAGAGAGGCAGCCGAAACUGUCCCCGGCUGCAGAGGGUAUUCAGGCGGUCGCGUCUCCAGCUGGUGCUACCUGCGGCUCUUCGCGGCCUUCCUCGGCAGCUUCCGUCUUCGCGACAGUCGACAGAGCUGUUCGCGACGCGCACUCCAAGACGGCAGAUGAGGAAGGCACAAGUCAAAAGGGAAGCAGCGCUGCAGACGAGCAGGACGCCCCGCUGCGGCUUCCGCGACGACGAGGCUCGGUGCCCACACACGACAAAGGCAAGGAUCAAAAACCCUCAGAGACAGAGCGCGGCGGAGGGGAGCGCAUGCAGGGACGGGAAGGGGGGAAACCGCGUAAACGACGGGGCAGCACUUCCCUCGUUUCUCCGAGCGCCAAAGCCGUGACGACUCGGUCAGCCGCCGCGAGUGUUCCAGCGGCAAGACUGCCGAAGACAGUAUUCGCCGAAGACUCGCGGGACACAAAGACCGAGAAGAAAACGGGUGAGAAGACGCUCGUCGGUGAGGCAGGCGGAAAGGAUGCCCCGCCGCGACAGUCGAUCAGUGCAGCCUUAGGCGCGCAGUUGUCCCAGGGCGCGGGGAAACUUCGGGGAGGGAAGAGAGGAAACCACACGCAGCGUGGGUCGAGUUCUUCUUCCCGGCAGGAGGGGAACCAAGCGCAAUCCAGGGGCAAGGUCGCGGCGGAAUCCAGCUGUGCGCCGGAAGCCGCUGACGGUUGCGCUUGCCCCGUACCACGACAAGACAGUCAAAAGCUUCCGGCAGCACCAACGGAGUUUUACGGGGUGGACAGCCGCUCUGGAGUCGAGACGGCGGGAGGCAUGCAGAAAGUGGAAGACGUGCAGAAGGACGUUGAACCAAGCGAGGGUGGCAAACGCCAAGGUAUGCCGGAAGAUUCCGAGAGCCACACAAAGAAAGAAACCGUCCAUCAGAAGGUCCAAAAGCGAGCCUUUCAGCCCGCCCUUGUCGCACAGGCUUCGGCGAGCGUCGUCUGGCAUCUGGAGGACGUGAAAGACGGGACCGGCGAGAGGACAGGUGCCUCUGUAUCCGCUUGCGUGUGGAGUUCUUCCGAGACAAACAAACCAAAAGACGUAAAGCCUUUGGCGGGCUCUCGUCCGAAACACCACGGGAAGGCAAAGGUUCCCACUGGAAAGCAGAUCGAAAAUGCAGGACUCUCGGCAGUCCCUCCUGAGAGCAGCAAGCACGACGGCGAUGACGCAGAAGACCCGUCCAGCGGAACGCAUGAGGUGAAACUGAAGUUGGAGCAACAAGGCGCGAGACCAACAGCCGCGUCGCACCCGUCAGAUGAGAUAUAUGAGAAGAAAGAAAAGAACAAGGAAGAAACCUCUGUUCUUCUUGCGUCUGAUGUCUUAAAGAACACACCGUCUCAUGACACCGCAGUCUCAAUAUCGAUCCUCGGAGCUAAGAAGACAGGGCAGAGCAUCAGAACGGCAAACACUGAAGGUGCCUGCAAGCCCGCUUUGGGGGACCUGCAGAAAGAAAGAGACAAUAGCGAGAAAAAAACGACACACGGGACAGACAACAGCGGCGAACAAGGCAGUCGGCAUGUACAGAUGGCGAGAGCAGGCACAGCCGCGGAGCGGGGCAGAUGA